AUGGACGAGGUGCCCUCGUACGAAGAGUCGGAGGCCUCCUUUGCGCGGCAGGACAAGAAGUCCCCCUUCCCCGUCCACCCGCCGCCGUCGCUGCUCCCCCAGCAGCUCGCAGAAACACGGACACAGCGCAUCCAGUCCAUCCUCACCUCCUACGUCGACCCCCUCCUCUUCUCCCAGGGCGCCCACGGCCUGUACAAGACCACCUUCAUCCUCGUCCCGUCCUCCGUCUCCAGCCUCCAGGACGCCCCCAGCAACGCUCUCACCACCCCGCAGGAGCCCCAGAUCGUCGGCUUCCCGUCAGACGAGGUCGUCAAGCUCGUCCGUCUCCAGGGCGAGGAACAUACCAUGGAGUUCUGGCGACAGCCCGCCGUCGUCGCUGAGCUGGACUCCGCCCUGCGCGCCCGCCUCGCUGCCUCCGGCCAUCGAAUCUACAACGAACAGCAGCAGGCUGCCGACGCUGAGCCAGAACCCGAGCCCGAGAAGCAGCAGCAGCCAGUACACGCGCCGAAGGGGAAGCUGAGACGCUCCAUCUGGCGGCUGGCUGGCGGCUCGGACGAUACCAUCAACGACCAGAAGCUCGGCUGGCGUGCCGAGGAGCCGGCCGACGGAGGGAAGAAGAUUCCCACGGGGCUGGUCAAGGUCACCAUCGUCUGGAAGGAGGUUGCCCUGCGCAUAUCCAACGAGAUGGGCCUUUACGAUACCCAGCGGGGGCCGGCCCUCUAUCUCACGGUCGAGGUCGGCUCGUAG